UUUUUAUCCCAAUGUUAUAAUAAUUAUAGUAAAUAGUAAUUGGAUAUGAUUACAAGAGUAACUUACUUAUUCUAAGAAAAUAUAGUUAAUAUUGAAAUACAAGAUAAUUAAUUUAGUUCAGUCAAAAUAAAUCAGUGAGGUUUGGUCAAGAUUGUUUGACCAUCGCCCGUUUCUCAAUGGUGAAAUAAAGUUUAUGUUAAAAGAAUUUGAGGUAAAACGAGGUGACAGAGAAGUUGAAAACUUAUUUGUUAUACUUGAAAAUCUAACAGACAUCAAAGAUACUCAAGCUGAGAAAAUAGUCAAAAGCUCAUGUGCAGCACUACCAGUACUAGGAGAAAAAUUGGGGCAAGCAUUAAAACUUUCUGAGGAAAUUGAAAAAGAUUACCUUGAAUUGAAAAAGGUUACUAAGAAGAAGUUGUUAGAGAAUCGUGAGAAAAGACAGAAGGAAUGGGAUCAGUUUAUUGAUGACAUGAACUUUAAAUGCCAAAGAAUUGACAAUACAUUUGAAGAAAAAGAAGAAGAAUUAAGAGAUUUAUAUGCAGACUUGAAUCAUAAGCUUAAUAUAACUAAUAAAUAA